AUGAGCAUCAAAAAAGAUGAGCAUCAAACAAAUUUGUCCAACUGGAAUAAUGUAGUACUAAGCGAUCAUAUUGCAUAUAGAUACGAAAUCCUGGCUAUAAUUGGCAAAGGAUCCUUUGGCCAUGUUGUGAAGUGUUUGGACCACAAAACCGGUGAAAAAGUAGCAGUGAAAAUAAUAAGGAACAAAAAGAGAUUCCACAGUCAGGCUUUGGUUGAAGUUGGCAUCUUAAAUUCGCUACGGCAAAAGGACCAAGAUAAUACAUAUAACGUCGUCCACAUGAAAGAGUAUUUUUGCUUCCGUAAUCAUUUCUGCAUCUCCUUUGAAUUAUUAGGUUUAAAUUUAUAUGAAUUAAUCAAGAAAAAUAAUUUCCAAGGUUUUACUUUGGGAUUGAUUCGCCGUUUCACCCACUGCAUCUUAAGAUGUUUGCAACUCUUAUACACGGAAAAAAUUAUCCACUGUGAUCUGAAGCCUGAAAACAUAUUAAUGAGCCAAUCUUCAGCUGGACAAAUUUCAUUCAAAGUUAUUGAUUUUGGAUCGAGCUGCUACGAACAUCAAAGAGAUUCCAACGGGGCUCCGAAAAGCAUCACAAACACUCGAGGGAAAAUAAGGAACCCAAAUUCCAAAGAUCUAAGCAUUGUCUUGAAAACACAACAUGGCUCCUUUCUGGAUUUUCUCAAGAAGUGCCUCGUGUGGAAACCUUCUUUGCGCAUGAUUCCGGAAGAGGCCAUUCGCCACCCUUGGAUGGAGGAACCGUGGCCCCCCCGACUUAAGCAGAAGCCCAAGACGGCUACGAAGCCGAGCGAGACGACAUUUUACACCCUGGAGAAGAAAAAGGAAAACGCUCAUAAAAAUGCACAGAUAGAAAAAGAAGAUGACGUCGCUUGGCAGCAGUCCAGCACAGAAGUAAAAUCCGACCCACCUGAAAAGUUACCUGCUUCGCAUCCAAAGCUUUCUCCCGUUGCGUUGUCGGAAGAAAUAAAUAAAGAGGAAAACCGGAACUCAGCUAAACAAGACACUCCCGCGAAGGAAGGAGAAUCUCCAAUGGAGAAAGUGGCCAAAAAAGAACACAGGCCGGGGAAAACCUUGCGGAAAAAUGCGAGCAUCUUACCACCCAUUAAGUACAAGCAGUGA